AUGAAUCUCCCUGUUCUGGAAGGUAUCUGCCGUUCACCCAUUGGUCAAUUUUCCCGCCGACAAUGUGCGCAUGCGGAUGUCCUUGUCCGUGCGGACGUGAUAACGUCAGCGUGUGCGCGAUCACGUCACGUCCGGUCUGUGAAGAUGGCGGAGAUGAGCGGAACAGCCGCUGGGUCCGAAACCGGGCCCGCUGGAGAUUCUGGGCCCGAGCCCCUCACCGGCACAGAGUUCAACACAAAUCCUGGGACAGAGCAACUGCAUCAGAAUAAUCCCCUGCUCAACCUCCCGAUCGUCGCCAUUGACUCUAUCCUCGGUUUAAUGUCGUACGAUGAGAUCAGCGGCCUGAGAAUGGUAUGCAAACGGAUGGAUGCAGUUUGUCAGCGGAUGCUGAACCAGGGCUUUCUGAAAGUUGAGCGGUAUCACAGUUUGUGUCAGAAACAGGUCAAAGCACAGCUACCACG